AUGCCGGAGACAACGCCAGAAACGUGCGCUCCGGCCAAGGACUCGCCUUUCUCCAUCAAGAACCUGCUGAGCUGUGACAGCAAGUCGUCCAAACCCAGCAGGCCCGUGCUGGCGGCCACCAAGGCGGCCCUGGAGGGGGGGUUCUCCUUCUCCCAGGUCGGGGACCUGCACUUCCCACGCUUCGACCUGCCCGCGCAGAGGUUCAGUCUCCCGGCUCACUACCUGGAGCGCACCUCGGCGUGGUGGUACCCGUACACCCUGGGCUCGGCCGCCCACCUGCACAGAGCUGAAGUCACCCACAAACUAGGCGCCAGAGACUCCUCUCCAGCCUCGGGCACGGACAGAGACUCCCCGGACCUGGUGCUCAAAUCCGAGCCGGACGCCAAAGACGACGAGGAGGACGACGAGCACAACCACAGCAAGAGCGGCGACGAGAUCAUCCUGGAGGAGAGCGACACGGAGGAGGCCAAGAAGGACGAGCUGGAGGAGUGGAAGAAGAGGGACGACGACAAGAAGCCGUGCCGCAAGAAGAAGACCCGCACGGUGUUCUCCCGCAGCCAGGUGUUCCAGCUGGAGUCCACCUUCGACAUGAAGCGCUACCUGAGCAGCUCGGAGCGGGCCGGCCUGGCCGCGUCCCUGCACCUGACGGAGACCCAGGUGAAGAUCUGGUUCCAGAACCGGAGGAACAAGUGGAAGCGGCAGCUGGCCGCGGAGCUGGAGGCCGCCAACCUGAGCCACGCCGCGGCGCAGAGGAUAGUGCGGGUGCCCAUCCUGUACCACGAGAACUCUAGCGGGGAGAGCCUGGGCUCCGGGGGCAGCGUGCCCGUCAGCCAGCCGCUGCUCACCUUCCCGCACCCCGGCGUCUACUACUCGCAUCCCCUCGUCACCUCCGUGCCCAUGCUCAGACCGGUCUGA